AUGAUCAGGAUUACCUUCGUGAAGGAAGAACGAUGUUUCUUGCUUGAAGAAAUGUUGAAUGUGGAGGCUAGCUUUGGAGAUCUCGGUGAUGCUAGCUUAGUCCAGUCUAAGCUUCCAAAGAAACUUAAGAAGCGGAGGGCAAUAGUAACCGAAGAUGGCCCUGCUGGAUAUGAGGAAUACGUUGAUUACAGCUUCCCAGAAGAAGCACAUACCCAAAACCUCUAG